UCUCUCUCUCUCUCUGCUUUAUAUUGGCGGCCCAGUCAGUAUUCUGCUCUUCUACCCGUGCCCCUGCUUCUCCAACUCACGUCUGCCUAAAUUUUUCAGCUUUCUAUCUCAUUGUUCUCUCUGACACACACAACCAUGCAAUCAAAGAAGUUCAGAGGUGUCAGGCAGCGCCACUGGGGCUCCUGGGUCGCUGAGAUUCGCCAUCCUCUCCUGAAGAGGAGGGUGUGGCUGGGGACUUUCGAGACCGCCGAGGAGGCGGCGAGGGCCUACGACGAGGCAGCGGUGCUGAUGAGCGGCCGGAAUGCCAAGACCAAUUUCCCCAUCAGUGCCGUCUCCAAUCACUCGGCUAACAUCAAUGGCGGCUCCAGCUCGUCCACGUCCAACCUCAGCGCCAAGCUCAGCCGCUGCUGCAAGUCGCCAUCGCCGUCUCUGACCUGUCUGAGGCUCGACCCGGAGAGCUCCCACAUCGGAGUGUGGCAGAAGCGAGCCGGCCCCCGCUCGGAUUCCAGCUGGGUCAUGACCGUCGAGCUGGAAAGCAGGAAGAGCGGGAAAGCGCCGGAGGGGGAAGGGCCGUCGGAGGUCCAGCCUGAAGAGGAGGGGCCGCCGCCUGCUAUCGCAGAGGGCUUGCCGGAGGAAGAGAAAAUGGCGCUGCAGAUGAUUGAGGAGCUCCUGAACAGAAAUUGAUCAACAUCACUCAUCGGCUGCUGCUACUGCUUAAUUAUCUUCAUUUUCUUUUGGUUAUGGUGUUCUCGUUCGGAUUCGGAGUGAAAGACUGUUUAUUUAUGAAUUAAACUUAAUUUGUGUGGUCGUUUUCUCCUCCUUUUAUUUCUAUGAAAAUGUAAAUAAAAUAUUAAAUAAUGUGAUAUUGAUAUUUUUAUCAUUAUCAACUCUU